CUGUUGCCCGUGGGUGUGGAUCAUGUCACAGUUGUGUUGAACGAGAUGGAGGCCAUCGGAGAAGUUCCCUUCAGUUUCAUGUACGCCUCAUACGACGGCAUGCUCUACAGUGAACCAGCACUGGUCAAAGUACACGUAUCAUGUGGUGGAGGAAUGUAUGGUAUGUCGUAA